AUGACUAACACCAGCCAGGGUCUUGCCCUCUUGUUGCCCCCUACUCACGCCAGCAACAUCCUGAUGCUGCUCUUCAACAUCCUCCUGGCUACGGCCAUUAUCUUCCUCAACUUGUCCGUGCUGGUGGCCAUUCUCCUCAACCGACGCUUGCGCUCUGAGAACCGUUUCAUGUACAUGCUGAGCACCUGCUUGAGUGACGUGUGCACCGGCGUGUCCUACUAUUAUGUGGGGGUGUUCGAUAUUAAUGACAAGCUCGGUUCCCCCACCUGGACUUACUACAUCGUCCACACCUUCCUGGGCUUGUCGUACAUGGCCAUCCUGGCCGCUCAGGCAGACCGCUACCAUGCCGUGGUGUCGCCCCUUAAGUACUCGCAGCGUAUGAGCCUGAACAGAACCUUGCUGGUUAUCUGCACCUACUGGCUCUACGCCUUCUUCAUCGUCGCCGUGCACAACAUAGUCACCAAGGGGACGGCCAGACAAGUCACCAGUUUAGGCACCCUUGUCGGCAACAUAUUCACCAUCGUUAUCAUGAUCGGGCUCAACAUCCGCCUGUUCAUCAUUGCCAGGGUGCAGCAGAGAAGGGAGCAGGGUAUCAGAGAGAGGGACGGAAAGCGAGCCUCCGUCAACCUCAUUCUGGUGGUGGCAGCCUUCUACCUGGGCACCUGGAUGCCUAUUUUCUGUCACGUACUAAUAUGUAGCUUCUCUACUAUCAGGUGUUUCACCUUUAGGAAUGAAGGCACCGACCCAAUUCGCAUUUUGCCCAGGGUCAACGCGGCCCUGACCCCGGUGCUGUACAUUAAGGGGUGCACCCCACUCAAGGACACGCUGUUCACACGAGUGUGGAGACCCUGCUGCAGCAGAAGGAGGUAA